AGGUUGUGUUUGUGUCUGAGUUUGUUUAUGCGUUUGAGUUCCCUGUUCUGAAGUGGCUUCUGGUUGAAGCUCAGUCGGUUCUGAGCGAAGCUUCGCUGUAAUAGUUGCUGUGUUACCUGAAUCGUCGAUAACGAGUUAAUUCAGCAAUGAGUGUGAUCCCGAAUGGAGAUGUACGAAGAGACCGUGUGAAGGUUGAUGAUGACUUCGGUUUCGACGUGGAACUUUUCACAGUGCCGCGGCAAUACGAAGGAGAUUUGUCCAAAGUUCUUAUUCCAUCCGGGCUGAUAGCGGACCGCGUCGAGAAGGUGGCCUCUGAUAUUUGGCACGACUACACUCGGAGUUCCGAUCCGGAGUCUGCUGAAAGCCAUGAGCUCGUUGCAUUAUGUGUGCUAAAAGGCGGCCACAACUUUUUCGGGAAGCUCAAAGCGCAGAUUGCGACCAUGAACAAGUUUUCGAGGAGCGAUGCGUUGAGGGUUGAAGAAGAGUUCAUCAGGAUCAAGAGUUAUGUGGGGCCUAUUAUUUGCCUGGUGAGCCCAUAA